CGCAACACGUGAUUCUCAUGCGAUAUAACAAGCAUUGGUCUUCUGCUACAUAUAAGGGAUUGCUGGUUACUAUUAUCUGCCAGUAAUUCUGAAGUCCUUCAGCAUGGCAUCACUGGAAAAGGUCAAUGAAGCGUUAAUGAAGCUGGUGCGGUUAAUAGAACCUCUAAAGCCUCUCAUGAAAUGUCACAUGGUCGACUACCUCACCGCCAACCACUGGGAAACACUCUUACCCAUAGGCAUUCAGCAAGGUUUACUCAACCUUCCACGAGAGAAACUGUACCUCAUGCCAUCUGGUGCCCUGUAUUUGGAAGACAUAGAAGCGGAUAACAAAAUUGACGAGGAAUUAUGCCUACCCUCUGUCAACCUGUCAACUUUAUUAUCCAUUAUAAAGAAGCAUAGUCUGCACUCACUGGGGGUCACAACUUCCAUGCAUCAGAUCCUAGACUUGCAUGGAUCUUGCAAAAUCCCUGUGCUGCCCAUGACUGGCAUUAUGUCCGAGAAGAAGUCACAUGAAGUAGAAGUAAUGAGUGAAGUCAUUGCUCGCCUUGCAAAAGGCUUUGAUGCUAAUUGGAUCAUGGACCUAGGCAGUGGCAAGGGUUACUUGAGUUCAUCAUUGGUCCUUCAGUAUGGCCUAAAUGUUUUGGCCAUGGAUUCCAGCCCAGUCAACACCACUUCAGCUUUAACUCGAAAUACUAAGUUAGAGAAACGCUUGCAGAAGAUGAAGACAGCAGAGAAAUACCAAAAAGAGGGGAAGUUGAUUAAACGUGGAAAGAGGAGGAAGUCUAAAAAUGUGCUGAUUAACAAGCCUGUUUUAUCAAAUGAUAGUGUCGAUCAAAAUGAACAUGCCCAUGGGUCUUACAUUGGCCUCACUGCCUUUAUAACAGAGGAUACAGACCUCUUAGAGAUCUUAAAAGAAAGUUUAGCUGCCUCCAAAAAAGAAGAUGCUGUAGAUGGAAAGAUGUUAGAUACUGUUGAUAAUCAUGAAGGAAUUUUGAAUGUAGAUCAAAAUGAUAGUAAGGCUAAAAGUACGUUUUCAGAGUGUGAGAUGGGAAAAGGUGAUGUUUUGAAUAAUCCUUUAGAAGCAAAGGGAGAUGAAGAAACCAGUUUAGUUAAUCAAAGUUCUCAUAGUCCAGACGAACAUAGACUGGGUUUAGUGGGCCUACAUACUUGUGGUAAUCUAGCAGCAAGUAGUAUCAGACUCUUUAUUUCAAAUAGUAAAGUUAAAUUCAUGUGCAAUGUUGGCUGUUGUUAUCACCUGAUUGAAGAGGAAUUUUAUGAAAACCCUUUCGGUACCAAGAAGAUGGUAGGAGCUAAUGUUGAAAAUGGUGAUAACCCAGAUUGUAAAUUACUAGAAGAGGACCAAGCCAAAGAUGAGAGCCCAUCCAAGAGCAGAAGCAGGGCUGAGGAUGCCCAAGUGCCAGAUAGCGAGCAAAAACACUCUCCUGCAACUGUGAGCUUUGAUCCCCUGCAUCCAUCUGAGAUCCCUAACUUGAGUGUAGGAUUCCCUCUGUCCUCGUUCCUGAGGGAGAGAAAGUUUGCUCUGGAAAGGAACACUCGCAUGUUGUCCUGUCAACCAGCAGAUAGACUAACAGAACAGUCAUAUAAUGGUCUGAACUCUCUGUACUGGCGUGCCCUGCUCCAGGUGGUGCUGAAAGAGAAACUGGGGGACAAGUUUAAUACCUCCCAAGUAGGUCGCAUUGCCAGUAAAUGCAAGGACUUCACAGAGUACUCAAGAAAAGCUUUUGAGAAAUUAGAGCUGAACAUUGAGAUAACUAAUGAGGAAUUGUAUGAUUAUCAAAAAAAGUAUGCAAACAGCAGAGAGAAGAUAGAACGUUUCUUCCUUCUGCGUUCAACACUAGCACCCUUGAUAGAAGGCCUGAUACUUCUGGAUAGGCUAGCAUUUCUUUCUGAACAGGAGGACAUUGAAGCUGCAUAUCUAGUGCAGCUGUUCAACCCAGUCACAUCUCCCCGUUGCCAUGCAGUCAUUGGAGUUCGAAGCAAAUGAUACUUCUAUUUUAGUAUUCACUGUUAUCUACCUUUCUGUAUAUGUAGCUUGAGUUUACGUAGUGCUGUUAAUAUAAUUUACAUAUUUAUGUAUUGUCUGUUCAUUUGUUGUUUAUUUGCUUAGUACUGUUUUAAUUUGUUACUUUAUCUGUUUUAGGAACAUAAAAUCUACCUCUGGAAAUGAACUAACAGUAUCCUAUGCAAACAUUUUGUAUUAGGGGUUUAUGAAGGAUAGUUUUCAAGUUCAUAUUUUUAUAAAUCUUUUUAACUGGCUUACCUUAAUUUUUAGUAGAAGCAGUUACUUUGUAACACUGUAAUGUGAUAUUUCUAGUCGCAAAUAAAAGUAUGAAGCUA